AUGAAAUGGACGGAGUCAUCAGUCAUCAUCCUCCCAAAUCGGAUAUGGGUGAGCAACACAAGUCGAAACUGGGACGGCCUCUCCGAAUUUCCUGUUAUGCGACGUCGUCGAGAUUUUGUGUUAUUGAGCUUGUCGUCACGCCUCUGAAACCGCAGCCUCUCGAUUCAAAUUAAACGGACGGCGCCGAUGCAUAAUCAAGUGAUUAUCCAGGCGGCUUAGAAUGUGUAUAAAUAUGAGGCGUCUGUCGGAUACUUGUGAUGUCCGUUCGUUUCUUUGAGCACCUUCUUCUUGUUCAUGUAAACACAAUAUCUUUCUUGAAUACUUAUUUACGAAGAAACGAAAGGGUUUUAGAAGCCUUCCAUUGAUAUGAUUGAGUUAGAAUAUUCUAGGUUUAGCUCUUUCCGAUAAUAUUUUUGUGAUGAAAUAUCCCUAACUAACUAACUAUUCAUGUCUACAAUCAGAAAGUGCAGUUUUACCCUUCAGAACUUCCACUCCUUCAUCGAAUUCUCAUCCGAUCUAUACUCAUAUUUUCAGACUGACAAAAUGAACACGGACCGUAGCAUCAGCAUCGGCAUCGAAGUGACUCAGGCGGAUCCGAGAAACAGAGUGAGACAUGUUUUUUCCCCGGAUGAUCACUAAAAUCUGUCCGGAAAUGUGCUGAUUCAGCCAAUUUCCCGACCGAUUCAGCCAUCCCGAUCAUUUAUAAGCAAUUUGCACCAAUUUGUCCCCCGAAAUGUUAAUGCUUCUGUCUCUUACCUAAGCCUCAUUUCAUUCACCAUUAUCCUCUUGAACCCUCCGGGACAAUACAUUCAGUGUCCCCGGUAAGUUUUGCUCUCACAAGGCCUUAUCAGCAAAAUAAGGCUUCAACAAGUCGCAUUUGUAAUCCCCCUCGUGACCGGCGGCUUUGCUGACGUCCUCGACUCGAUCCGGCGGGAUAAGUCGGCAUGCUUGGAUUAUCUCAAAUCGCGGUUACCACUGAAAAUUUGCUGAAACAAUCUCUAAUUCUGUUUUCGUCUAUGAGAUUUUGACAUAAUCGGAUGAUCAGUAAUCACUGCGCCUGACCAGCUAGGCUCCAUAAGCUAGAAGUUUCGAGGCUCCAUCUUCUGUCCAGGCCUUCUGGGCCUAGGCCCUAGAGAUCAGAGAUACGGCUUCAAUCGGAAGUCUAGUUACGUUGCAUCAAACAUUCGAAACAUCCAGUAAGUCCCUAUGAAGAGCCUUGAAUUAAGAAUUAGACGGCGAUUUGGGUGGGGAGGAUGCUAGAUGAGCAAGAAAUAGCCGGAAGUGGCCAGAACCUUCUCGAAUGUCCUUUCGUCUCCUAACGCACUUUCCUUCUUCUUCUAAUCCGUUCAUGUCGUGUCAGCGCCAGUCUAAUAUGGAUGAGUGGCGUCCCUUCCGGACUCCUCCCCCUUUGCAACGUCUUCAUAAAUUAUCUGUCGGCUCCUCCCUCGCACAAACUCUCUGCUCAGCUGACAACGCCUGCUGUCUAAUCCCCUCAUCUAUUCAUCCAAUCCCCCACUCACUAUCGCUCGAAACCAAAACCCAAUCACUCCCAUCUCACUUGGAUGACCGAUUUGCCCAUCGAGAGUCUGAGUCUGAAUUCGAAUUCGAAUUCCACUGAAACCCAAAGACAAAAAGCCCCGCGUCUCGCCCUUAACGUUCGAAAUCCGUCAUUGUCGCGCGUCAGGAAAAACAUGGUGAGUUGUCCCCAAAAAUAGACGAAUCGAGUGUGAAAAGUUGUCGAAUAUCGGCGAUGAAUGUGUACGAACUCAUCGCGUAUUCCACGUGAUGGUCGCCAUCGAAAACAUUCAUAGAUCAUUCGUCAUGUGUGGCGGCUCAAAAGUUUAUCAAAAGGCAACUGUCGGCGAUCAUUGACUCACUUUCCGUGUCUGACCGAUUGUCUGGGGGAUCGUCGCAAAUCCUCAAAAUCGUUUGUCUCGACGGUUUCAAAGUACUUCUGACUAAUGAUCUGAACUUUUUUCUAUCCAUUGACCAUGAGCACGACUCAUAAAAAGGAAGGAUAAUCCUUUGUUUAUGAGGAAAACCGUUCGGAUGAAGGCGGGGAGAUGCACGAGUGUUAUAAAUAUUCACUGGCUGCUACCUCCCGCCCAUUAGUUUCCAUUCCAUUUCUUUAUCGAGUCAGUCUCAGGGACACUUCACUUUUUGAGACAGACACAUUCAUCGUUACCAUGUGAUUUUCCUGGAAUGUUUAUAGUAUACAUCAGAUACCCAUCCAAUAUUCAAGUCACGAUACCUCCCCAUGGUCUCGCCUCCCGCCUUUAUAAACUUCGCUCGUCUGGCCACUUUUCCUUUUACUUUUCGGUUUUCAGUCCGGAAAUUAAGCCUUUUUUCCCAAUUUCCGUUCCCUAAAAAAACUUCGCACUUCUUCCAGACUCUCUCGACCGGAUCGUCAAUCGACUCGGAGACCAGCCACAGAUCCAAGCACAUCCCGAUGAUAUACCAAAUGUACGAAUCACAGUACGAAGAUCUUCGCGGAACCAUUUACGGUCCGAGCUCGCCGGACUUCCAUCCGGUCCAGGCCUCCGAGACUCUCCGUUCUUCUCUUCAUGGACUCGGUCAGUCGCUUCCCCCAAUCAGCAUUUCAUUCAUAUAGCCUGCUUUUCAGAAACCAAAGAUCAAACCAUCAUAAACACGGUUCUCUACCAUAACAACUUCCAGCGCCAGAAGAUUCUGGGCGCCUACGAAGACAUGUACAGCCGGGUAAGCUCUGAAGUGGAAAGACUAUCGAAAGAAUUUUCUGUUCACAGAAGCUCAUGGAAGACUUGGAGGAGGAGUGCGGCGGAUACUUCCUGGACAUGUGCGAGGCUCUCUUCAAACCUGCUCCCAACUACGAUGCUCAGUGCGUCUACAAAUCGCUUGCCGUGAGUUUAGAUGACGUUGAAAUCAUCCGAAAUUUCGAUUUCAGAACCGUCAUGGAGAUCACUCGGUCGCCAUCGAAAUCGCCUGUACUCGUUCCCCACGUGUAAGUUGUUGUAAUCACCCGGAUUGAAAAGAAUGAGAGCUUUUCCAGCAACUUCGCGCUCUCCGCGACACCUACCACACGGAUUAUCGCAAGACUCUGGAUAAGGACAUCAGUGUUAAGGUAUUCGAGGAUCAUCCGCCCGCGUGAGCUGAUCGCAAGUGUCCACUUUUCAGGUGGAGGGAGUCGUCGGCAAGAUGCUCAAUCUCCUUUUGUGCAGUAAUCGGGAGGAGGGACUUGGAGUGAAGGUGAACGAUCAGCUGGUGGAGAAGCACGUCAAAAUCCUGCUGAACACUCCGGUCGACGACAUCGCCAAGAACGUGCAGCUCUUCGAAGAGCUCUUUAUCGGUCACUCGUGGAAGCACAUCGGUGCCGUGCUCGACAAGGUCGAUGAGGCCCGGAAAGAUGCGCAGGACAUCGAGGCGAUCAUCCGUCGCAACAAGAACAUCCAUUCCGAAAUCCGUCUGAUCCUUCUCACUAUUGGUGAGACCUUUUCAGCUGCUUUCGUCCAACAACAACCUAGUUCUCUUUCAGUUCGUGUCUCUCGCAAUGUCCAGAUCUACUUUGCCGAGAAACUGAGAGCCGCGAUGACUGCCGAGCGUGUCGACCAAUCCACAAUCACGCGCAUCUGCGUCAGUCGCAGUGAGGUGAGAAAUGAGAACAUGAAAGUGGAGAGAGAGAGAAAGAUAAUAUUCUGCAGAUUGACUUGCAAGACAUUUCUCUCGAGUACAAACGAAAGUACCACCGCGCUUUGGAGCACGACAUCAGCCAGCCGACGUCGGGCGAAUACACUCGAAUGAUCUGCACGCUUCUCAGCGGAUUCAACGAGAGCAGCUUCGCGCCGACUCCAGAAUCAAUUGAAUAA